AUGUCGGACGCCAAAGCCCACCAAGAAGGAGACCUCCCCUUUACAGGAGCAGAUACAUCUAACCGACGUAUUACGGAGUACUUCACACCUCCUCCGAACUACCCCGGCACCGGAUCAUACGAGAUGGACAAUCUUCCACCUCAAGAGCCAGGAGCAAACCAUAAUCGAGAAGCAGUUGGAGUCCCUGGAGUCCCUGGAGCCCCUGGAGCCCCUGGAGCCCCUGGGGCGGCACAAGAGGAAGCUUUUGACUUCCAAUUCUUCGCACCGCAGAAGAACGCGAGACGAUACCUCUUUGUUCUGGUGAUCAUUCUGACGUUGGUCAUUGUCGGUUUGGCUGCUGUCGCCGGAAUACUUGGUCACAAACUGAACACGGUACCUAAGCCACACAAUAGCACAAUCACAAUCACAUUGACGGUGACAGAGCGGCCCGCCUCCACCUACAUUCAUUCGGCGACGUUAAGUACGUCAACGAGCACGACAGUUGGAUUUUCAGCAACGAUCACUCCGGUCAAGACUAUCUCGGUGCCACAAAGUGAGACAGCUACUGGUACACCGCCACUCAGACCAACUUCAUCACCAACCCAAGACUCAGUUCCGCACGCAACUUGUUCAGCCUUAGCAUUUGCUGGAGGAGGAGUUAACGUCAGUAUUUGGACAAACUACAUAACUACAAACCGCAAUGUCUUAGCCCUGGAGACUGCCUUGGACUUGCGCUGCCAGGGGCAGGUAGACAUCGUAAAUUGGAAAACCAGUGCUCUUGACAAGACUUGGAUGAUCCGACCUCAUGGCACAGAGUGGACAUCAGACGAGGUCUUCGAGUUCUAUGUGAUGGAGAUCGAGCUUCCGAAGGGUCUACAGUGUAUUAAACAGGGCAUCAUCGAUGCUGGCGGUCCGUCAGACACUCAGGACUGCGACUUCGACCCUAAGCCUGCUAUUUGA